GCAGACUUGGAAAUACCAGAAAUAAACAAGCUAACAGCAGAAGUUAUCCGAACUCCUUUCAAGGUCAUGAAGGAAGUGGAGAAAUUCAAACAUCCUAUUGAAGCUAUUAAAGAAGAAGCAGAGCCUCCUUCACUUCCUCCAGCAAAGAAAGCAAAACAUGAGAGCCAAUGUCUUCCAGAGCCAGAAGCUAAAAACCUUAAUUCAACAACUGGAAAGGUGAAGGCAUCCACUAAAAAAGCGCCAGCUUCCAAGAGCAGAAGAGCUCCUUCAGCAAGAGCGGAGCGCAUGAGUAAAAGAUCAAGCAAGAACAACUUCAUCACUCCAGCUACUGGUAGAACUGUUGAUCUCUGUGCUCCGGGAGGUACCUCCAUGAUCACACCCAGAUUUGAUCCCAGCAUCUUCAAGACACCGGGGUUGCGCGCACCCGCGGCACACGAACGAGUUUACACAGUCUCUGCCAAUGGCAGCCCCCUUGCUGAAGUCAAUGAUAUCUUCAUCACAGUCCCUGUGGGAGGAGGGGAGAGCAUUCGUUUAGCAGCGAGUGAUGUGACCAAGAAUAAUCUUCUUCAUCUGAACGCGGAGGCCCAAGGAUUUAUGCAGAAGCUAUCAGGUCGCCUUGCACAAGCCUGCAGCGCUGCAAAAACCCGCAGAUGA